UUUUGAAUUUUUUUAUGUUUUUAGCAUGGUUUAGCAUGGCAACAUUGUAUCGCCUGUGCAAUAUAUCCUUAAGGAGAAUAUAUGCAUAUGCAUUAAUUGUGUUACUAAAAAGGCUCACGUACCGACUUGUUAAUUUUGUAAAUGAAUUUCUCCGCAAUAGUUUCGCUCGACGCUGUGCAGUAUUCGGAUUUUUUUUCGAGUUAUUUUCAAGCCCUAUGUUGGCGUACUUCGCUUGCCAUAUUGCAUACGAAAUUUUCAUUCGCACACAGUCUCUUAUCGAGAGAAUAUGCGAGUAGUCACCGCCCCCGCAAAACUACAGUCUUCUCUAUUAUAUUCCUUCGUCUCUGCAUAUAAUAACGCGAGAGCUUUUUGCACAGCCCCCAAGCCUCCGAGCUCUUGUGUUUCGUCAUUCGUCUAGUAGCAACAAUUGGCAUGCAUCGCACGAGACCAAAGACCGCGGCCUCAAUAAACAAUUUAGAGAGAUAAAGAAAGUAUACAGUUCUUUGGAAUAAACAAGAGUUUCGAUCACUUGGUAUUUGUGGAGAGUUAUUUAGGAUGGAAAUUAAAAAAAACUUAUCACGUUCAAACUGUCGUAUAGAAAAUGGAUUCAUCGAAUCGCGUUGCGAGUUUCAUAACCUCAAAAAUAUUCGUCGCCGUUUAUUUCAAACACAAAUUUUGUAUAAAUGAAUUCAAUCGAAUACUGGGAAUAUAAAAUCUCGGGAGUAAAUUGGAAAGGCAAUUCGUCGUUAACAAAAGAAUAUUUAUAUUUAAGAUAAAAAAUUUCGAGACACGGGAGAAGACGCAAAGAGGAAAAUCCGAGGAAGACAAAAAAAUGAAGCAUAUCAGACGAAAAUAAUGGAGAGACGAGUUUGCAUGUGAAGUUGAGAGUGGUAGAGAGUAAAAAGAAAAAUGUGCGGUCGAAGAAAAUCGAGAGGUAGGAAAGUCGUGGUAUAAUCGGCGGUCUCGUCUCGCAACGAUACGAAUAAUACAAGUGUACAUUGAGUCUUGUUGCGUUGUGUAUAAAUGAAAAAUAUUGGAGCGCCUGCGCAGUGGCCUCCCGCCGACCCCUCUUUUCCUCACCCUUCGUCCGCGAAUCAAUAUGGCAACAGCGGAUGACGUCACAUAGGACUUCUCUCGCUCGUGGUUUCAUCAUUGAACAUAGUUGUGGCACAAAACACAUUGAAAGAUAGUGGUAUUGAGCAACAAGCGCAGAAAGGAUAACAUUUGUACCCUUCCAGAUAUACGAAUAUAUGAUGGACUAUGAAUUAAAUAUCUUCGCACAAAAAAUUGCUGUAAAGAACUGAAAUCAGUCAUGAUACGUUUCGUCUACGAUCAAUCAUCUUUCAUAAUUGAUGUGCUAAUUAAUUAACUAUAACGGGGAUAAACAUGAUGUAAAAUAAAUAGAAAAAACCUACAAAUAAAAGUGAAUAAUUUGUAGUGUAACGUGAGACCGAAUGUUUAACUCCCGUUGACUAAUAACCUAUAUUUCCAUGAAUAUUCGAACGAUAGAAAAUAUGAAAAAAUUUGAAGAAUCUUAGAACAUUCCCACGAGCUGUUUAAUUAACGACUAUGAAUAUUUCACCGUCUUUAUUUAUUUUUUCGAUCACAACGGACGAACGCUGCUGAAUUCUUCAAUCCCUGAGCUUUUCACUUUCAUUCUGCGCUACUCAGAGUAAGAGGAAAAAAAGAAAUAACAAGUGGACACUUUGACCGUUGGCUUUGAAAAAUUGAAGCCUCUACAAAGUCUUUUUCGUUUAGCUAUUAAAAUUGAAGAGUCUUUUCGAUGCCGGACGACGAUAUAUAAUACAAAAGUUAAUCGUCGGUUGAACAGGGCUGACUAAACGUUUGUUUUUCUACUUAUUGGUUCAUUCACGAAUAAGAAAUAAGAAGUGGACGAGAAAUAAGAAAAGUGACGGGGAGGUACACAGAGGUUGAGACCAGGUGAUGGAAGUGGCUAGGUCGAAGGGUGGGGGUGAGGGGUGAAACGAGUCUUUGGUUGGGUUGGCCAGACUUAUACGAGGACUAGAGGGCUCCGUACGAUCAGUCGGUCGCGGACGAGCAUGGGGACAGCACGUGUGAUCGUUGACCGAAAACCGCGAAUUUUCAAGAACUCGUGCUCGGCAUUAUCGUAUACGAAAAGAGCAAGCAUUCACGACGUGGGUAACCCAAUAUUCGCCAAAGCUCCUAACGCAGCGGCCUUUUUCAAUUCCGUUAAACGCAAUAAUUUGGCAAAUACCGCGACUAAAAGUUUCCAUGACGAAAAACCGCGUAGACUUACUAAAAUGCAACAAAAAACAAGCCUCAAAGCUUUCGGCAUAUUCGUCGCUUUUGUACUUUUACAAGACGCGACGAAAUUCCAUUCCGGAGUUGAUGCCAAAUCGGAAAUAUUCACUAACGCGUUUCUCGUGAAGAUGAAAAAUCCAGCUAACAGAAUUCUCGCUGAUCACGUCGCUACCAGAAACGGAUUUGUUAAUCUCGGACCGGUGCUGGGCAGUCAGACGGAAUAUCACUUCGUGCACAAGGCUUUGCCGCAUGCGAGGAGUAAGAGGUCCGGACCGCACACGAGGAGGCUCAAAAUCGACCCUCUGGUGCACACAGCGGUCCAGCAGACUGGAUUCAAGAGAGUUAAACGCGGCUACAGACCCCUCAGUGUCGAUCAACUUAUACCACUUUACGAUGCGAAGAUUUCCAGAAGUCAGGAUCCCACGGAUCCUUAUUUUCAGUACCAAUGGUACCUUAAGAACACGGGACAAAAUGGGGGCAAGCCGAAGCUCGAUUUGAACGUUGAGGCUGCCUGGGCUCAGGGUGUCACGGGCAAGAAUGUUACGACAGCGAUAAUGGACGAUGGGGUCGACUACAUGCACGCAGAUCUCAAGUACAAUUACAAUGCCAGGGCUUCGUACGACUUCAGCAGCAACGAUCCUUACCCUUAUCCACGAUACACCGACGACUGGUUCAACAGUCACGGAACGAGAUGUGCUGGGGAAGUAGCAGCUGCACGUGACAACGGCGUUUGCGGCGUUGGGGUUGCAUACGAUUCCAAAAUCGCUGGUAUAAGGAUGCUGGAUCAACCUUACAUGACGGAUUUGAUUGAGGCCAACAGCAUGGGACACGAACCCGAUCUCAUUGACAUUUACAGCGCGUCUUGGGGACCAACGGACGACGGGAAAACUGUCGACGGUCCACGAAAUGCAACGAUGCGAGCUAUCGUUCGAGGAGUCAAUGAGGGUCGACGAGGCUUGGGAAACAUUUACGUGUGGGCAUCUGGUGAUGGCGGUGAAGAAGACGACUGUAAUUGCGAUGGUUAUGCAGCGAGUAUGUGGACGGUUAGCAUAAACAGUGCGAUCAACGACGGCCAAAACGCUCACUAUGACGAGAGCUGCUCGAGUACUCUCGCAUCGACGUUCAGUAAUGGGGCGAAGGACCCCAACACAGGUGUGGCGACCACGGAUCUGUACGGACAAUGCACGACGACCCACAGCGGUACAUCCGCCGCAGCACCAGAGGCAGCGGGCGUGUUUGCUCUGGCGCUCGAGGCAAAUCCUCAACUAACGUGGCGAGAUAUCCAGCACUUGACGGUACUGACGUCAAAGAGAAACUCACUUUUCGAUGCGAAAGGGCGUUUCCAUUGGACCAUGAACGGUGUUGGAUUGGAAUUCAAUCAUCUGUUCGGUUACGGUGUACUUGACGCUGGAGCGAUGGUAGCUCUUGCUAAGAAAUGGAAAACUGUACCACCGAGGUAUCACUGUCAGGCUGGUGCCGUAAUAGGAACCCACGAAAUACCAAGCGAACGAUCGAUUUUAUUAAAUAUAAAAACCGAUGCCUGCGCCAGCACUGAUUACGAAGUAAAUUAUCUCGAACACGUGCAAGCCGUUAUUUCCGUUAAUGCGUCGCGACGAGGCGAUCUUGAGCUUUUCCUUACCUCGCCCAUGGGCACAAGGUCUAUGAUACUCAGUCGAAGAGUCAACGACGAUGACAAUCGAGACGGAUUCACCAAAUGGCCAUUCAUGACGACCCACACCUGGGGCGAAUAUCCUCAGGGAACUUGGUUACUCGAGAUACGCUUCAAUUCGCAAAAACCUCAGCGUGGCUGGAUAAAAGAAUGGACUCUGAUGCUCCACGGUACGAAGGAACCACCGUACACCGGUCUACCAGCAGCGGAUCCUCACUCGAAGCUAGCGAUCGUAAAAAAAGCUCACGAAGAACGUUCGAGUGGUAUUUAAAACGAUUAGCAAUGAACCGAGGAAGGAAAAGUCACGAAAAUGGGGAAAAAAUGAAAAAAAAAAACGUAAGAUUGAAGGGUGAACCAUCGGAUUCAGAGGUCAUAAGGUUUUCGAAUGAUCUCGCGGUUCAACCAUAAAACUUAUAUCCCGGGACUUAAUCCUGUGGGAUGAAUGAUUCUCAAAAGAUUAUAAAAAUCUUCAGGCCUUUUGAUUAUUUUGCGCGCUGCAGUUUACCAAAGAAACAUACCAAAUAGGCGUCUGUGAGAUGAACGGUGCUGUGAAAAUUAACCAUUCGAAUAUCAAAUACUAAUUUAUCAUUCAUCAUUCCUUGACCAAAGAGAAAUUUAACAAAUUUUCUUUUUAUCUUUUAUCAAUUAUUUUGUGAGAACCAAUUUUUUGCGAGUGUUUUUCUUUUCACGUCUUAUUGAGGGCCCAAUGUGAUUCUGAAAAUUCUCCGAAAAGUUUGUUAUCAUUUCCGUCUCUUCGUUAAUGAACGAGAGGAAGGGAAACCUUACGUUAUACUUCAUAUCAUUGACGAAUAUAAUGAAGAAUCAGUAUCCCAAUGUCGAUGUGUCCUUAUUUUUUUGAGAUUUUUAAUGGAUUUGGAAUACUAGAGAAAUUAUUGAACUAGAACAGACAGAGUCCAUGUUUUUUUUUCCUUCCGAUGAUUCCGGGAAUAAAAUUGUUUCGUCACGACGAAAAAAGUAGCCGGAGGGAACUAGUGAAAAUGUUUCAAGCAAACCUUAUUCCCUGUGACAAUUUCAUACAGAUCUAAAGCCAAAAACGACGAAAGAAAAUUACAUAAAAAAAUCAAUCGAGGCUUCCGAUAAAUAGCAGUAGCAGCAGCGAACUCUCAUUUUUUGAAAUUUCUUUUCUACGAAAUCUUCUUUUUUACACGAUGACGAUUCUGUAGAUGGUGCGUAAAAUAAAUAAAUCAAUCUCAUAUAUCAUUGAAAUUGAGGAAAACAAGAAGAAACAGGAACAGAAUAAAAUAGAAAAAGAAUUUUAAAAAUCUACUAUAAACGCUCUUGUCCUUCGAUGUCUAUUAGUCCAAUGUAAUCGCACCAGCAGAGUUAUAAGAAUGAUGGAAGUGAUGAUAACGAUGGAACGGUAACGAUUGGCGAUUUUCGAAAUCCAAGCGGACGGUCCACUAUGCGUUAUUAAAUUUUUGUUUUAUUUCUUGUUAUCCAUUUGUAAGUAAUCUUUUGAAUCAAAACAGCAGAUUUGAGACUGGAACGAUGAUUGUCUAUAAAUGGCUGUUGAGCGACCCAGUCGAAAGCUACUGAAACAUUCGAAUUCUCAGUCCCAAAAGUUGAAACUGUCACAAACUGCUAUAGAGUCAGACAAAGACAUGGAAUUUUCUUAUUCCAACAAACAAUUUGUAAAAUGACAGAAAUAAGCAGAAAUGUUUGACAAAAGUGGGAAAGAUCGUGAUCAUUCCAAUUUUUGUCUCACAAACGUUAGGACAUACAGUCUUAAGCAAAUAUGGGGUUUCGGAGUUAAAAGUUGUAAUUCCACUCCAUUCUUGAGCUUCAUUUUUCUGAAUUGUUGACCACAUGGGCUUAAAGUUUGAGCUUCCAAGCCGCCAUUUUGUUGAUUUCGUUUUAAAACCUCGAAGGCCAGGUUCUCGGUUUGUUUCGUCAAAGUUUUGCGCCUCAACGACCAAUUCAAUCGCGAAGCUUCCAACGCGCGAGCGCAAAAUAUUCUCGUGACCCGGAUCGAUAAGCCAUACAUUCUUGUCACAAAAGUAUAACCGAUGAAAUCGUAUUAAAAGAUCAUUUGCGGGGCGUUCUUCAAGUUCAUUGAGGCGAGCAAGUAUACAUGUCAUUAUUUGUAAGAGGUCGCACUUUUGAGGAGAAAAUAUGCGAGCAGCGGAAUGCCUCGUUGCGAAUUAUGUCAAAAUUGCGAAUAUCUUUCUAGCGAUGAAUCCUCGACAUUGAAAAAGCUUGAUGCUCUUAAUUUUUUUUAAUGCGAGAAUGCAUAGAGAGAAAAUAACGACGAUGACGACGUCAAAGUAAAAGCUUUCCUGCGUGAAGCGAGGGAGAGGGAGAAGAAAAAGUUACUACAAAAGAGCUUUGAAAGCACGAGGAAAUGAAGGGAGGAGGGAAGAAGAAAGAUACGAAUUUAAAAACAAGCGAGAAGAAACGACCAAAAAACAAAACUUCCAUAUUUACAGAUGACAAUUGUAAUUGAUUUUUUUACAUUUAAUUCUUUCCCUUGAAAAUUUCGAUUUUAUUGAUCUCUCAAAUGAUCUCAUUAUUGAUUCGUAAUUAACUUCAUUGUUGUAAGUUCUAUUUAUUAUAUUUUAUCCAAUGUUGAUUUUCGUGGCUUAUUGUAAGUAAAAGAGUGUGGAACGAUGAUGAACAGAUAAUUCAUAAAUGGCGUAUGUUUACCACUGCGGUUAUAUCAGUAUUAGGACAAAAAAGACAUAAUUCUUGUAUGAUUCAUUGUGAUUCUAAUUGUGUAUGACACGUUGCUAUCGUUAACACUAAUGAAAAUCGUGUAUGUAUAUAUGUAGACAGAUGUAUCCACAUGUGUAUACAUAUAUAUGAAUAUAAAUAUUAUUUGAACUAAUUAAAGUUUGAACUAUAGAAAGAGUAUCAUUUUAAAAAACGUCUCUGAUCACUAUUACUGUCCAUUUUUUUUCUUUCAUCGCCAUCAUUGCGUCGUUAAAAUUUGGAGAACAUCCCAGGAUUUCAGUAGAGGCUGUCAAAUAUAAAAUUAUGAUUUCUCAAUAAGUUUCAUCUUGAAGCAAUUGAAUAUAAUUAAAAAACUGAAAAACCUCUAAAACUUGAAUUUUGAUUCGAAAAGAAAUCGAAGAUCGUGUCGAUCAAGGUCAAAUUUCGCUCGAGGGAGGAAAACAUUUCCAGUCUGACGUCGAACCUAAUUUACAGGAAGUAAUUUUUUUUUUAAUUUCUCGAACGAGAAUUAUAGAAAGUAAGAUUCUCGAUGUCAAAAAUUAAGGAGGUAUUGUGAUUUUAAAGAAGGCGACUCGUUGCUCUCUCAGUUGAAAUAUUUGCGUGCACGAAAAAUGAGACAUUAAUAGUUAUCAAAGGCACUACUAAAUAAACUAUAAGUACGAUAUAUCAGAGUGAAUAAUUCGUUGAUAUGAUGUAAAAGUUUCUAUAAUCGUUGGGUUAGAAAGGAUAAAAAGAUAAAUCAAGAAUAAAUAAAUAACAGGUUUACGGAAAGAGUUAACGAGGAGGAGAUCAAGAAUGAGAAACGAGAGAAACUGUCUUUCAGCUUCUGAAUUGUGGCACCCGAGUGCAGGGCUCGUACCGUAUGGAUCAAUUUUAAAUCGAAACACACACACACAUACAAAAUGACUAUUCUUGUUUUUUCUUUUUUAAUGAAUAUAUAAACGGUGCAAAAGAAAAUAUAUAUCAAGAAAAGGAAAUGACACACGAAGAAAAAUAAUUUUUAGUGUAGAUAUUUUAGAGGGGUGUAAUGAUCGACAUUUUUCGAAGGUUACACAUAUUCAUAUAUUUAAUUAUAUAAAUACAAAUACACAAACAUUUAUAUGUAUAUAUAUAGCUCUCUAUAUAUACAUAUACAGAAACAUAUACAGAUAAUCACAUAGUUGAAGUGGACAAAUUUAACCAUCUUAUUCUGUACGAUAUACGUGGGUGAAUAAAAUCUUUAUUUUUCGGCCUGCAUCGUUUUUA